CAGAAUACACAUAUGCAAUUUAGAUAUAGAAAUACUUCCUACUAUAGCAAAUUCACAUGCAAAGAAUACUUUUUGUCACAUCAAACAACUUCAAGUUCUUCCUUCAGUGUUUUCCACUAUCAUUUCUUCACUUUCUCCUUCUGUAAUCACUCUCACUAAAACAAUAUCCACCAUAAUUAGCAAUCAUGAACUAACAUUAACUUAAAUGACACAUUUUUCUGUCAAUAAUGGAUACACAAUUUUCCAUUUCCUUCUUUUCUCUACUAUUUUUGUGCUUUUUAACCUGUUAUUCUGUUUCUUCUUUUAACCCAUCUGAUAAUUAUCUCAUAAACUGUGGUUCCAACACUAAUAAUACAAUUGAUAAUCGAGUUUUUAUUGGAGAUUUAACAAAACCCAGAUUUCUUUCACUUGAUUCUUCACCUAAAUCAUCUCAAAUUUCAGUUUCUAACCCUAACCCAUCUUCAAAUUCACUCCCAAUUUACAACACAGCAAGGGUUUUCGUAGAUGGGUCUAGUACUUACAAAUUCAGCAUCAAAAAAAUGGGAAUUCAUUUGGUACGUUUUCAUUUUUUCCCAUUUGAAUCUCAAAAUUAUAAUCUUAGUUCAGCAAAAUUUGGUGUUUCAAUUAAUGGGUAUUCAUUAUUUAAUGGUUUUAGACCUAAUAUGAUGUCUUUAAGAGAGUUUACACUGAGAAUUAACAAUGAUAACCUUGAAAUUGUGUUUAUUCCUGAUGUUAGUGAACCAAAUUUUGCUUUUGUUAAUGCAAUUGAGGUAAUUUCAGCUCCUGAUUACUUAAUUCUUGAUUAUGGGGUGAUUAAUAUUGAUAAUUAUGGUGUUAAGGAGUACAAGAAUCUGUCUUACCAAAUUUUAGAGACUAUUCAUAGGAUUAAUGUUGGUGGGUUUAAAUUAAGCCCUUUUAAUGAUACCCUUUGGAGGACUUGGAUUCCAGAUGAUGAUUAUUUGGUUUUACAAUCAGCUGCUAAAAGGGUUAGUACUAAUCAUGCUCCUAAUUACAAGCCUGGUGGUGUUAAUAGGGAGAUUGCACCUGAUUUUGUUUAUAUGACUGCUAAGGAGAUGGAUAAGGAUAAUGUUACUGCCUUUGCUAAUUUCAAUAUAACAUGGAAUUUUCCUGUGUUUGAUCAUGUUUUGUAUGUUGUGAGGCUGCAUUUUUGUGAUAUUGUUAGUAUUGGGCUUUAUCAGCUCUAUUUUAAUGUGUUUAUUAACGGGUUAAUGGCGUAUAAAGACUUGGAUUUGUCGUCUUUGACGGUUCAUACUCUUGCAUCUCCUUAUUAUCUCGAUUUCGUUGUGAAGAUGGAUCAGUCGGGACCUGUUCAGGUUAGUGUUGGUCCGUCUGGAUUGAGUACUUCAAUGAAGAAGAAUGCUAUCUUAAAUGGGGUUGAGAUUAUGAAGGUAAUUAACAGUGAGGUUGCUGGAUCGGGAUCACAGAAGAAGAGAGUGUUUAUCGUUUUGGGUUCUGUCGUUGGAGGUUUUGUGCUGUUAAGUUUCGUGGGUGUCGGUGUUUUUGUUGUACUAAUUUGCAGGAAGAAACGAAAAUCGGAUUCAGAAAGUUCUGUUUGGACAAAUUUACGAACCAUGGGAGGCAGCAUGUAUAGUCGAGGCACCGAAAGGAGUACCUCGCCUCACAGGAGUGGAUUAAAGAUCCCUUUCGAAGAAAUUCAGUAUGCAACGAGUAAUUUUAACAGGACUUUGGUAAUCGGUACUGGCGGGUUUGGGAUGGUGUACAAAGGAGUUCUUAGAGAUGGUACGAAAGUUGCUGUGAAACGAGGCAUGCCGGGGUCUAGACAAGGUCUUCCCGAGUUCCAAACUGAAAUAUCGAUUUUAUCGAAAAUCAGACAUCGUCACCUGGUUUCUAUGGUCGGGUACUGCGAAGAGCAGUCGGAGAUGAUCCUUGCAUACGAGUACGUUGAGAAAGGGCCAUUAAACAAGCAUCUAUACGGUUGUGGAUUGCCUCUGUUAUCUUGGAAGCAGAGGCUUGAUAUUUGCAUUGGUGCGGCUAGAGGUCUUCAUUACCUUCAUACAGGUUUCGCACAGGGAAUAAUUCAUCGAGAUGUCAAAUCGACCAACAUUCUACUCGAUGAAAGUUAUGUUGCCAAAGUAGCUGAUUUCGGGUUGUCAAGAUCGGGCCCACACCUUGAUCAGACUCAUGUCAGCACUGGCGUAAAAGGUAGUUUCGGUUAUCUCGACCCUGAAUAUUUCAGAAGACAGCAGCUGACAGAUAAGUCCGAUGUUUAUUCCUUCGGAGUUGUAUUGCUUGAAGUUCUAUGUGCUAGACCAGCAGUAGAUCCGAUGCUUGCAAGGGAACAAGUAAAUUUAGCUGAAUGGGCACUAGAGUACCAAAAGAAUGGCCUCCUGGAGAGUAUUAUUGAUCCCCGUCUCAAGAGCGAGAUAAAGCCAAGAUCUCUAAAGAAAUUUGGGGAUACAGCACAAAAAUGCUUAGCAGAAUAUGGUGUAGAUAGGCCGACUAUGGGCGAUGUUUUGUGGAACUUAGAACAUGCGUUGCAGCUUCAAGAAGUUAAAACUACAACGGACGCAGACGAUACAAGCGACACAUUCACUACAGAUAUUUCGGUAUCGAGAAUUGUUCCUCAUGCUCAUACCAGUAUACUUUCCAUUCGGGAUACCAGUGAUGAGCAUUUAGGCAAGUCGACCAGUGAAGUUUUCUCACAGUUGGUGACCAACGAUGGCAGAUAGUCUAAAAUGUAGUACAUCGUGUCUUAUUUAGAUAAUAUUCGUCUGCAUUGCAUAUUGAUUGGUAAUUGUAUGAAAUUAGUUUUCGAUUUUUAAUUGAGCUUAAAAUACGUGUUCACCGA